AUGAAGGAAUCGCUCAUCGGCUCCGUUGUGAGCACGGUGACUGGCACGGUUGAGUCCACUACCAAUGCGCUGACAGGAACCACCUCGACAGAAACAUCCUCCAGUUAUUCGGAUACCUCCACAUCAUCUUCGACUGCUCCAGCUUCGACGACUUCCGCGCCAAAGACAACCGCUCCUACUCCAUCUACAACCACCUCUUCUCCUCUAUCGACGACUGCUACACCGGCAUUGACCACUUCGACUCCAAGGGUAACGACGGCGGAUUCAACGACAGAUCCGGGCAUCAGUUCAAGUGUAUCCAAUCCAGCAUCUUCGGCCUCAACCAGCUCAAACCCGGCCGAAGCGACAUCAUUGCCAACGAUAGCAGGAACGACACCAUCGUCGUCGAUCACUACAACUUCAAGUAUAGUGAGCUACUCGAGCAGCACGAGUAGGUCGGCCAUGAAUGACAGCGACUCUAGUUUGCCAGAGUUACGCGGAAGUCAGAACUACGCUAGUGUUUCUAUUGCUAACCAAACCGGGUCUAGCAGCCACGGAGAUGGAGAAGCAGGCGUGACAAACGUCGCCAGAGGUCUCAACACUGGAAGCAUUGUCGGUCUUGUAUUGGGUGCACUAGGAGCAUUCCUACUCUUAGUGCUUUUGGUGAGCUGGUGCUUGCGCCGGAGGCGAAAGCAAUUGAUGAACUCAAUUAACCAUGUAAGACUGGGAGCGACGGGGGACAUUCCUGUCUUCAAUACACGCGGCACCGAGCGGUUCGAGACGUCCUCGACGUCAGUAUCAUUCGGUCCAUUCCACACUGCGCGAUCGGCGUCGGAUGAAACGGAGCGACCGGGUUUAUGGGAAGACGAGGUGAUCACUGCGACGCGCAUCCCGCUGGAGAAGCUCACCACGACGAAGCUACUGAGCUCCGGUGGUUACGGAGAAGUCUACCGUGGUGUCUAUCGCGAAGAUAUCGUCGCGAUCAAAGUGCUGCUCCCUGACAAACAGAAAGACUUGGAACAGAUCAACGCCUUCUUGGUUGAAAUCAAGAUGAUGGCGACCGUCGACCAUCCCUGUAUCGUGCGCUUCCUGGGCGUGGCUUGGGACUCGCUUUCGGAUCUGUCGGCCGUAAUGGAAUUCAUGGAAGGAGGAGACCUACGCUCUGUACUCGACCGCUUCCAACAGGAGCAGCGUCCACGGGGUUUCGACCUUGACAAGGCUCGAAUCGCCCUUCAAACGGCUCAAGCGUUGACGUACCUGCACUCUCUAGACCCGACGGUGUUGCAUCGUGACCUCAAAUCAAGGAACAUCUUGCUUACGUCUGAAUUGGAUGCCAAGGUGUCGGACUUCGGAGUCGCUCGUAAAUACAGCUUCACCAGCAUGACAGCGGCAGUAGGUACCUCGCUCUGGAUGGCGCCUGAAGUUAUGCUAGGCGAUCGGUACGAUGCUAGCGCCGACAUCUUCUCGUUUGGUGUAGCUCUCUCUGAAAUGGACUCCCAUCUCUACCCGUACGCCGAAGCUCGGACGACAAACAGCGGCCAACGGGUACCCGAUGCAGCGUUGCUGCAGCUCGUUGUCAUGGGGCGGGUGAGCGUCAAUUUCUCAUCCAAUGCCCCAGCAGAACUAGUUGAGCUCGGACGCGCCUGCGUGAGCUUGAACCCAAUGGCUCGGCCGAGUGCCAGUGAGGUGCACUACCGGUUGCAGCUUAUCAUGCACUCAUACGAAAUGUACACGCUGUGA